AUGAAGACAGACGGCCAUCCCCCGUUUACUUGGACUAUUCUCCUUGCCAUUGUAUGCUGUAUGGAAAUUGCAUCCGGCAACCCAUCAAACAGAAAAAAAAAAGAAACGCGAGAUUCCGAACUGCAUCAUGAUCAACGCAUGACAGUCGAUGAAAUAUUGGAGGGCCUAUCAGCCAGCGGAGGUAUCCCGCUAGACACGGGCGAUUUAAACCCUAAGAAACUACCUAGUCUGACGGAAAGGCUUGCUCUCCUUGAGAGUGCCAGACACGAAGGAAAUGGAACCAAGAAGCAUCCGAAAAAUGUGAGAUCGAAACGAGACGCGGAUGGUGGUUUAGAUCCUGCUUCGCUAUUUGGUGAUGGGGGUGAUUAUAGCCUCGUCAAUACUGUUUUAUUCGAGGAUUGGAGUGAGUGCAAUGUCUCAUGCGGGAUUGGAUUCAAGACGCUUAAUCAGCAUUGUGAAGACCCGUCAGAUUGCGAGUCGAACGAACCUGAAUGGCAACGAUGUCUUGGAAUCGACUGCAAGAGCCGCAACUAUCUAGAGGCUAAACUUGCAUGCAGAGGCGGAUCAUCGCCACCUAUAAUCGGAAUCGUAAUUGGUAUAACUAUUACACUGGUAACGGGUGGAGUGGUUGUUUUCAUACAGAGGUUUGCUUUCGGGAAAGAUUCAUCGAAGAGUAGUUCACGCCCACCCAAGACUCCUCCAAGGCAUGACAAAGCGAAAGACGAUGAAGAUGAACACAUAUAUGAAGAGGUCGACGGAUCAUCUAAAGAAAAGAAGAAGAAAAAAGAGAAGAAGGGAAAAUCUAAGAAGAAAGCUGACGACAGCGAUGAUAGUGAUAAUGGUUACGUUGAUCCAGAUGAGCUUAAUCAACCUGGCUCAGAAGAUCUUGAAAUUCAAAGACUUCGGGAUCCGCCAUCUCCCCCAGCAGGCAGAAAAAGCAAAAAGUUGCAGAAGAAACAAAAUGAGGAGAACGCGUAUGAAAUUCCGAUGGAGAACGACUACAUUGAAAUUGACGAAUGAGAUGUUAAUACCGCCCUCUAUCGUCUCAUUAUUCGUUAGUUGAUUAGAUAAUGCAACGUCACGGAACUUUUACCUUUUGUUUACGGGAACACUCGUCCCGAAUCUCGUGGUCACUUAUUUACUACUUGUAAAGUUGAUUUAUCACCGGUGCAAAGUUAACAUCUUUUAAAGACAAUUCUCUACAUGGCCGGGUUUGUUUUUAUUAAACACAUAGGGAAAAUGCAAAAAUUGCAUUUCCUUUCCAGAAACUGUAGGGGGCCUACAAAAACCAAAGGGACCUAAGUAUCACUACUCACUUGAUGGGGGAUAAUGUUUGAGGGACUUGACCCCAGUUAAUAGUUCAAGUUCACAGUGUACUCCAUCGCAAGUACAGACUGGGCAAGUCGUGCCAAUAUUUAAACUCCCCGGACCAAGUUGGUUUUAUGAGUUUUAUGCGAUUCUGCCUCCUAAAAUACUUUAGUUUGACGUGAUUUAUGGCAUAUGAAAUGUUUAGGGGGAAAAAGUAUUGUUUUAUAACUUAUUUGGGAGAAGUGUUGAUUCUGAGAAGAA